ACAUUCAUACGUCCAUGAUGCAGACUGGUGCUCAUUGCUCGCAGGACACUCAUGCUUCAUAUGUGUUCAUUGGCGGUGCGCGGUACAUGGGUGCUUACUGUUUGUAUCAACUAAAAAAGGAAGUUUUACGAAAAUGACGCAGGAAGGACAGGUAACUCCACCACCGGUGAUGUGGGCCCAGAGGAAUACUAUACUUUAUAUAACAGUUUGUCUCGAAGAUUGUAAGGAUCCCACAAUCAAAGUAGAACCAGAGAAACUAUACUUUAAAGGUAUAGGUGGAACUGAUCGAAAACUGCAUGAAGUUACCAUUAAUUUUUACAAAGAGGUUGAUCCUGAAAAAACAGUUCAGAGUCCAAAAGGUAGAAACUUUGAAUUUGUACUUACAAAGAAACAAGAAGGACCCUACUGGCCACGUCUUACCAAAGAAAACAAGAAAUUUCAUUGGUUAAAAAGUGAUUUCAAUAAAUGGAAGGAUGAAGAUGACACGGAUGAAGAAGGUGGAUUAGAAGGAGGGCGUGAUUUGGAAGAGAUGAUGCGCCAGAUGGGUGGUCUAGGAGGAGCUGGCGAUAGUAAACCAAAUUUUGAUGAUCUGGAUAUGGGAGAUGAUGCAGAUGGAGCAGACAGUGACGAUGAAGAGAUGCCUGACUUGGAAUGAGGGUGUCUUAUUGCUAAAUUAAAUCAACAUUUCAGAACAAAUUGGGAACGUAACUUGGCGGAUACCAUAACUGCUGUAACACAUUAGAGUCUUUAAGUGCAAAAUUAAUUUUUGCAAUUCAUUAUGAACCAUUAAGUGCACAGUUCUACGAGCAAAGCAAAUCAUUCAAGACUGUUAUAUACAAGAAAAAUGAACACAUCAACGAUUAGACGUGUUACCAUUUUUAAAGCUCCUAGCAUCCAUUAUCUUUUACAGACCAAUGGUUUCGCCACUAAGUUAUAAUGGAAACGCUUUUUUAAUUGAUAAAAAAUGCAAAAUAUUAAAAAUGAGUAUAUUCGAAAGGAAA